GUUUCCACUUCCAAGCGGGCAUGGCCAUCGCCCUCUCCCCUUCCGGGCAUUCGUUAUCACAUUUAAUACCCGCACCAUUCGAAACAUAUCGGAGUGUGCAGAGGAAGGGGAGACCGGAGGGGGUCACGUUGGUGCUUUUCUUCUAUUUUAUUUUUCUUUUCUUUUUGUUCACGGCCUGGUUCGCUGGAAGACCUGGCAUGGGUUCAAGGAGUUGAAAACACUACACGAAAAAGCGGCUGGUUUUUUUUUUUUGACAUGGCGAGACGGAGGGAUUGGGGGCGGCGCGCGCGCGCGCGCGCGCGGAUCGGUUCUGCUUUGUUUGGCCAAGACGCAGGAGUCGUCGCCGCCUCCUACGGAGGCUUUUUGUUCUUUCAAAAUACCGAGAUGGUUUCCCUGGUGGACACAACAGAGCGAAGCUGUGGUGAGGAGAAGGCCGGGCCUUUUUCCCUCGGAGCGAUACCGAGCAAAGAGGAUGGAACGGGCUGGACUCGGCUUCGUAUGGGUUGCUUUUUUGUUGUUCAUAUGGGAAAGGGGUGUUUGCCAUGUGUCACUCCAACUCUUCUUUUUUUUUCUUCCUUCUUCUCAAAUUUUUAUCAUUCACUUGUGAUACUUUCUCGUGUGGCUGACCAACGUUUGCAAAGGGUUCUGCACGGGAUACUGGGACAGAACAACAACGAGCAUUGCCGUACUACAACCUAUCUACCUGAGGGGGUGUUUCCUCCCCCCCCCCUUUUCUUCUUCUUUUUUCAUUUUUGCAUAUAGGAUCUAUGUACAAACGAAGCAGGAUUUGGGUCUGAGAAACCGUCAAGGCAUGGAAAUUGCUGGGCUCUGUUUCUCCCAGAUCACGAUGAAAAUCAUUUUACUCGAGGGCGUCAAAACCGUGAGAGUUGCGAAGUGACUUGUAACCCCCCCCUUCCUUCUUUUGCUUUUUUACCUCCUGUACAGACUAGACCUGUGAAACAUGC